UAAACUCAAGGAGUCACAGAAGAAACAAACCAAAAGAGACUCAACAUUAUAAGCUGUACCAUUAAUAUAUUCCCUAAGUAUUUAAUCCGAUUCUUCGAGAUGACACGAAACGUCGCCCAGUAAGAAUGUAUUAUUUUAUCACAGGUGAAGGCAACUGAAGUAUUUUUAUAUUUUGAAUAUGUUGACGGCAUUUUGUAUAUCCAGCAAACGUGGAGAAAUACUGUUUGCGUCACUGUUUGAACCCAGCCUGACAAAGGCCAUCUUUCAUCCCUUUUUGACGGAGUUGUCAUCUUCACCUCAUGGAGACCCUCCACCUGCUUUUGCGAAAGAUGGGCAGAACUAUGUGUAUGUAUUCCGUGAUGACUUAUAUUGGGUGUGUGCAGUGGGCAAGGGAAGUUUUCUGGAGCAAUGUGGUCAUCUGUUAAUAACCGAGAGUCUAUCCCAGCUACACCGGGUGUGUUCAGUCUUAUGUGGUGCUCUAACACAACACAGCAUAAUGGCAAACACUACGCUCAUCACUGAGGUUGUGCAAGAGACCAUGAAUGGUGGGAUCCUGCAGCUACAGACAGCAGACAAGCUCCAGUCCCAUAUUUACAGUAGUGUUGUGGCUGCCAAGGAAAGUUCUGCUGUCAGUGCUGCUCCAGGACUGUUUGGGUUGGAAAAGUCUGCACCUAGUACUGCUGCACAACAGUCAGCUUUAGCUGUGGACACUGGCAAAAGAGAGUUGUAUGUGGAUGUGGUGGAGAAAGUGUGGGCAUCCGUAGCAUCAGGGGGUACUGUGAUUCGGGCAGAGGUUACAGGCUCCAUUCUGGCCCGCUGUUUCUUACCAGGCAACCCAAAUCUCACUCUAACCCUCAACACACAACUCUUGACUACAUCACAAGAAGGUUUUAACACUGGAACACGAAUGUCUGAGGUAGAAUUUGGUAGUGGUGUAGAUGUGGGCAGCGGGGAUGGUGGACGGCAGUUGAGUGUGAUGACCCUGCCAGGACAAGAAAUGAAUAUCGUUCGAUACACCCUGUCCCCUGACCACCCCCAUCUACUGCCCUUCACUAUCACUGCUUCUUCUCACUCUCUCACCCCAAGUGAUUCAGAGCUCAGACUGAAGUUGACCAGCAACACAGGAAUGGGCACAGUAGCACCACAGGUCACCUUCCGGACAGUUGCGCCAGCCACCACUGCUGCUGUCAUGUCAAGGACCUCAGGACCACGGGAUCAGGCAGUUCACUUCUCACCAGACAAUAAGGCUAUCACAUGGACUAUUUCACAGUUCCCUGGUGGCAGCUAUGCUCAAGCAUUUAUUCGACUCGUGGACUCUGGAGGUAAUGCAGUCGUGGAGUCUGGUGAGUUGGAAUUUGAAGUAUCCAGGUGGGUGUGUUCUGGAGUGCGAGUCGAAAGUGUCAAGCUCACUCCCUCAGUCAACAACCUCAAUAAAUGGGUACGCUACCUGACAACCUCCGACAGUGUUAGUCUCCGCCUUACGUGAUGUAUAUCAUAAAUGUGUGCUUUAUAUAUGAGCCUCUUUUUGGUGCCUCAUUGUUUAAAUAAUGUGUGAUAUGAUUUUAUUGAAUAUUAAAACCUGCUGCUGUUUCA